AUCACAUCAUUAUUUUUGUAAAGCAUCAAGUCUCCUUUGGCAUUCCCCUUUCUCACUAUUCAUGCCGCCCAUUUGUUUUUUCAGUCUAAAAUAAAAACUCCUUUUCCACCAUUUUCCUAUCUUUCUUCUUCCUCCACACCCCACCAACCAUCUCUACAUAAAUCUUCUCUCUCUCUCUCUCUCUCUAUCUCUCAAGAUUAUCUUCCAUCUCUACUAACUCCUCCUUGCACAAUCUUUCUGUGUUUUUCUUUUCUUUUUGUGUGUAUAGAGUAGAAAGAAACAAAAGUACAAAAAAUGGCAGCCAACAAGUUUGCAACUAUGUUACACAGAAACACUAACAGGAUCACUGUUAUUCUCAUCUAUGCAGUCUUGGAAUGGACUUUGAUACUACUCCUUCUUCUUAACUCUCUUUUUUCAUAUUUAAUCAUCAAGUUUGCAGAAUAUUUUGGUCUAAAACCACCUUGUUUAUGGUGUUCUCGGGUUGAUCAUCUGUUUGAUCAUGGACAAAACAAGAACAUACAUAGAGAUCUUCUUUGUGAGGCUCAUGUCACUGAGGUUUCCAAAUUGGGUUUCUGCUCGAAACAUAAAAAGCUAACUGAAUCACAACAUAUGUGCCAGGAUUGCUCGUCCUCUCGCCCUGGUUUCCGUGAUUUGUUUCCAUGGAUGAAAGACAUUAAAAUGAUAGAAAAUGGCACACUGGAAGCUUUGAGGUGUUCUUGCUGUGCUGUGAAUUUGGAGACCAAGUUUUCAACUCCUUAUAUAUUGAUCAAGCCUUCUUGGGAUGAUUUGGAAUAUACACACAAAGGAAAUUUGUUCAUUGAGGACACUGAUGUUUUCGAGAAAGGCGCUGAAAACAGAUCAGAUUGUGUUAAUUCUGAUGCUGAAAAGAUGGAAGGUGAAAAAGUAGAUGUAGUUGUUGAUGGAGUGACAGAAUACAUUGAGGAGAAAUACAAAGAAAAGAUCUUGAACGAUCAAGCUUGUGAGAUUGAGGAUGUAACUCCCCCUCAGCAUCUCGAAUUCUUCAUUGAUUGCACUGGUCAUACCUUGGUUCCCAUUCAAUUAGCAAAUGAAGAAGAUCAGACUAAAAGUCAAGAGCCUGAUGAAAAUCAAGAUGGGAAGGAGGAUGUUAAAGAGGUCUUGGAGAAUGAAGAGGCUGAAGUUUAUUUGGGAAAGAGUGAGAGGGAGCCUCAAUUUUCUAUGAAGAUUGAAGAAUAUGAGAAUGAUUUGGUUUUCUAUGCCAAAGAAUGCCAUUCAGAAAGAGAGGUUUAUGGACAAUUUACCGACAUAGAACAUGCCCAAGAAGCAUCCAUAUAUCAACAAGUUCAAAUUCUUGCAGCUAGGGAAAGGGAAGAAGAAGAUGAAGAAGAGAAAGAGGAAAAUUCAGAUGUUCCACCAGGAGAAGAGGUUUCCCAAAUUCCAAAUAAUGAAACUGAUGGAGAAGUGUCAAUUGGGACUGAAAUUCCUGAUUUGGAUCAAGCAGAUGAGGUUCAAUGUCAUGAAGCACUUACUUCAUAUAUACACGAAGAACCUUCCACAAGUUCUGCUCAUUUCCAUGGAGUUGAAGUUCAUGAAGAUGAAGAAACAGAAGUAGAAUUGAAAACAUUAUCAGUUGAUUUGAGUGGACAUGUGAUGAACAACCAACUUCCGGAUACACCAACUUCUACUGAUAGCUUCCGUCAGUUACACCAGAAAUUGCUACUUGUUGAGAAGAAUGAGGGUUCUCUGGAUGGAAGUGAGUUAGAAAGCGGAGAUGCAAUUGAACAUCUGAAAUCAGCACUUAAAGCUGAGAGGAACUCCUUACAUUCUUUGUACACAGAAUUGGAAGAAGAAAGAAGUGCUUCUGCUGUGGCUGCAAGUCAGACAAUGGCAAUGAUCAAUAGGCUUCAAGAAGAGAAAGCAGCAAUGCAGAUGGAAGCUUUGCAGUAUCAAAGAAUGAUGGAAGAACAAUCGGAGUACGAUCAAGAAGCCUUGCAGCUGAUGAAUGAGCUUAUGGUUAAGAGGGAGAAGGAAAAGCAAGAGCUAGAGAAAGAGUUGGAAGUAUAUAGAAAAAGAUUAUUGGAUUAUGAGGCAAAGGAGAAUAUGAUGCAAAUGUUGAAGACAAGUAAGGACCGUAGCACAAGAAGUGUAUUCUCCUCUGCCUCUUGCAGCAAUGCUGAGGACAGCGAUGGACUCUCUAUUGAUUUGAAUCAAGAAGCAAAAGAAGAUGAUAGCUUUUAUGAAGGCUUCAAUCAUAGUACUCCUGUCGACGCAGUUAUAAAUCUGGAGGAAUCAUUGGCUGAUUUUGAAGAAGAGAGAAUGGCGAUUCUUGAGCAGCUAAAGCUUUUGGAAGAAAAGCUUGUCAGCUUGGAUGAUGACGAUGCAAAACAUUUUGAGGAUGUUAGGCUGAUGGAAGAUUCAUAUCAAGAUAAUGGCAAGGAAGAUUCUCAUUUGCAUGGAGAAAUGAAUGGACAUGCCAAUGGUUUUUUGAAGGAAAUGAAUGGAAAACAUCGAAUUGUGAAUGCCGCCAAGGGAAAGAGACUUCUUCCACUAUUUGAUGCAAUGAGUGAUGAAAAUGGAGAUGGUACACUCAAUGGAUACCAUUCCACCAAUGGGGUUCAUGACUUAAACUUUGAUUUGGAGAAGAAGAAGCUAGCUGUGGAAGAAGAGUUGGAUCAUCUCCAUGAAAGGCUACAAGCCCUUGAGGCAGAUAGGGAGUUCCUAAAGAACUGUGUUGGCUCGUUGAAGAAAGGCGAUAAAGGGAUGGAUCUUCUACAGGAAAUCCUGCAGCAUCUUCGUGAUCUAAGGAACAUUGAGCUUCGUGCAAGAAGCUUGAGUGAUAGUGUCAUAGUAUAGUCAACUUCUUGCUCCAUUGUCAUAUACUACUUGACCAUGAUGUCGAAGUACAUUGGCAGCUAUUUUACCAUAAAAGAAACUCAAUGAGAAAAAUUGAUCAAUCUGUAGGAAUAGCUGACAAAAAUCUGCAGUCUUGGAGAAAAAAAUUCAGCAAAAGGAAAUCCCUUAAUGGAGAGGGGAGGCUCCUGGAAAUGGUCUAUGCAUUUUGGUCCUAAUGUUAGAG